AAUCUAAUCAAAAUACUCAGGAAAACAUGGAAAAACAGUGAAAUUUUACUAUUUGAGAGAUUUUAUUAUGCAUUUACAAUAUUGUCAAUUUGAAACUAAAGCGAACUAUCAAAGUCAUAUGAGGAAAUACUAUUUGCAAUGCAAAGUAGGUGAACUGUUUUCAGUACCUAUUCAUAUUGUUUUGAAUGACGUGUAAUGUUUCCAACGGCAGACGCUGAAGAAAUUUCACAGGUCACGUCAUUAAAUAGGAACUUGAGUCCUUCUAGAGAUGUGUGCGAUUCUCCUGGACACAGUCAAACGGCGAAACCAAAUAAUAACCGGGAGUUAACCCUCAACAUGUUGAUCAAGGAAGUGGUGUUCUGUAUAGCUCUCGCUCUUACCACAUACGGAGCUCUCCAUAAUACGCCAACAAAGAUUUCAAAGCAUCCACAAGCAGUAAAGUUCUUUGGUCCUCAUUCUUUAGUAACAGACUGGUAUCGAGGGCAGCUGAGCAGUGCCCUGGUGUUUGUCAAUAAUGCUGAUGUCUCAUUUGUCAUGUACUAUGCCCCGUGGGAUGCAGAAUCACAGUAUGUUAGGGAUGAAUUUGAUAAAGCAGCCACUGUACUCAGUCAUCGGGUUCAUUUCUCUGCUAUUAACUGUUGGAACCCAGGCAGUGAGUGCAGACUGCAGCACAACAAGAUACCUUCAUGGCCCAUUCUAAUGGUCUACACUAUUAACUCAAGAGGAGUUCUUUAUAAGGGCCCUAGAGAUGCUCAUAGUAUGGUAAAAUUUUUGGAACUAAUAACAAGACCAUUGGAAAGGGUAUCCUCUACAGAAGAUCUUGUGAACUUACUAUCAAUCUGUGAUGCCGUAGCUGUAGGGUACACUCCUCUGAGUGACACAUCAAAGUAUUAUAGCGUAUGGUACCAAGUCGCCCUCAAAUCUCGAGAGUUCGACGUUAUGGGGGAAAUAUGUUUUGCUGUGGUGACGUCAGAGGAUCUCGCUGCCGACUUGGGCGUCGAAACUGUACCUAGUGCUCGCCUCAUGCUGUGGAAUGAUACCAAGGAAUACAAAGUGGGGGGUGAAAGCCAGCAAGGCUGGAACGAGUCAUCGCUGAUCCCCUGGAUCCUGGAUAACUUCACGCAGCCGGUCUCGCGGAUCAUGCCCAUGUGGAGGAAAGCAUUCAGCUUCGAGCGGUUCAUCGACGGAAACCCAAUGCUUAUGCUGUUCACACCGCUCAACCCUCUACAUCAGCAAAUACCUUCGUAUGACUUGUUACGCGAAAUAGCAAUGGAAUAUAACAACUGCAAGAAUAAUGAAACAAGCCAAUGGACCAUGGAACUAAUGAAAUUACAACAAGUUCAAAGACUUUUAUAUGAACAGAAAGAUUUUGAUAAGUUCUGCCAAGAUUACAAGUUCAAACCGCCUUUGAGGAAGAGGAGUAAAUAUUACAAAAGAGCUGUUGUCUCGCAGAAUAAUAAAUAUCCUUGGAGCAACACUACUCAUAAGAAUCAGAAAAGUGGGUUGUUCAAUUUUCUGGUCAAACGAGGGCUGAUUAUUUCAAAGUUGAUGGAGAAUUCGGAAGAUAACUCGGAGUUGUUGGCUUCUCUGGGGUUAUUGCAAGAAUGCAGUACCAGGGAAUUGCCCGCGGAGAAGAGUUUCUACGAGAAUCAAGAGCAAUGCCAGUCUUACGAAGAAAGCUUUGAUUUUGAACAAGACGUAAAAAGGUAUUGGGGAGACUCGGAAACAUCGAUGCUGCCUUUCGAAGAUGACCCGUUAGGCUCCGAAAACCUGAUACAAGAUAGUGUGAAACAUUUUUGUAAAUUGAUGAUGUUUGCCAAAGAAUGGGGUCCGACAGCGAUCCCUGAGAAAGUUGACAACAACAAUUUGCCCAAAAUCCACGGGCUGGCGUGUGCCUCGAACUUCAGUUUAAACAUGAUUGCUGUCGACAGCGUGCAGAACUAUCAUUUCGCCGAAUCUCUGGGUAUUGAUAUUAGCAAUCGAAAAGAUAGAACUGCAGUUGUAAUAUUGGAUCCUAAGCACGAAAGCCAGUACGUUUUAUCGGGGCCGUACAGUGCGAGAACUCUUCGACAAUUCAUCGCUAACUUCACCAAUAAGAGCUUAAAGCGGUCACUACGAACACAUGUGGAAGAUGCGGCACAUACACACUACUUCGGCUCAGAAGGCAAGACUGAACAGAUGGGUAUCAACGAGAGUAGCAUACAAAUCCUGGAGCUUACUACAAGGACGUUUAAGAGAGUCGUCAGAACGCCAGGGAAGGUGACAAUAGUAGCAGUGUGCGGCGGGGCAUGCGACGCGCACACGAGCCGCUCCCUGGCGGAGGCGGCGCGGCUGCUGACGUCCUGCGGCGUGGCCACGCAGCCGGCGAGGCUGGACGCGCUGCGCCACGACCUGCCCUGGCACUACACCGUCGCUAACUACCCCACAAUCCUAGUGUUCGCCGCGCCACACGACGACGCGCGCGACAGCCGCGCGUACCCUAUGGGCGCGCGCGUGUCGGGCGCCGGGCUGGCGGCGCUGGCGCUGCGCUCGCUGGCCGCGCCGCACCACCUGCGGGGGCGGCUCGCGCUCUGCACGCGGGCCAAGUUUAGUACAGAAAAGAAGUCGUGCCUGAAAGACUUGAGGGAGCAUUUGACGACCGUCAUAGGCAGGACCCUCAAGUACUGGCGCCGUACGGAAGACAAGCAGCUUCGAGACGCCUUCCUUAAAAGACUGCAGUAUUUACACCAAGUCUCCCUUGACCUCAGCUUACUCCAUAUAUCGGACCUCACCGAGCACAGCAAGAAGCAAAAUACCCUACUAGUAUCCCUCACCACUCUAUCCAAAAACUGGGACAUAGAUACAUCGAUUUUAAAAAAUAUCUCAGUCACAGUACGUAGUUGAUAUUAACUGUAUUUUGUAAAUAGUGUAAAUUGCUCAUUUUAUAUGUAUCUUAAAUUAUGUUGAUUAUUUUUAAACCUAAUGUUAUUAAAUGUUGACAACAAAGUCAUAA